GGGAGCCACAGUGUCCAGAAGAAGUAGGAGUACCAGCUGGAACUAAAGAUGGGAUCCAGCAAUGGACUACGUCUGGCCAUCUGUGCCAUAUGCAUUGCGUCUGCAGCAUGCCAAGAAGAUGGAGAAUAUUAUUAUGGACCAUAUGACGUCAACCCUGAAGAAGGAGAUCUUUUCGAGGGUGAUAUAGUGCUAGAAAAAUCUUUGAAGAAUGCUGUGAUGGGCACCCAUCGACUGUGGCCUAACGGAGUGGUACCCUACGAGAUAGACCCGGCGGCAAAUUAUGGGGCAUUUGAACUGUCCAGGAUCCAGAAAGCUAUAGACGACUACAAUAGAUUUACGUGCAUACGGUGGAUUAACAGAACUACUGAGAAAUCUUACGUACAGUUUAUCAGAGGAACUGGAUGUUCCUCCUCUGUGGGUCGUUCUUCAGCCUCGCGAUCUCAAAGGAUAUCCCUUAGCCGUAGCUGCUUCAGCCAUGGUGCCAUUGUCCACGAAAUGAUGCACGCUCUUGGCUUCUACCACGAACAGUCCAGGGCCGAUAGAGAUGAUUACGUGACGAUCAUGUAUGCAAAUAUUGAACCAGGCAAGGAAAACAACUUCAAAAAGUACUCGCCCAGCCAAGUGCAGACCUUGGGUGCCCCGUAUGACUACGGGUCUUUGAUGCACUACGGAAAAUACAGCUUUUCAAAGAACGCCAAGGCAACCAUCGUUCCCAAGGACCCCAAGGCAUGGAUUGGGCAGAGAAGCGGCCUCUCCACAAUAGACAAGUACAAGAUAAACAAGUUGUACAACUGUACUGGUUUCACAGGGACUUUGCCCCCAUUGACAACACCAAUGACCACUACAACGACAGCGCUUCCUCCAAACAGAAUCUUUAAGGGCCCUUUUUCCUGUAACUUUGACAAGGACACGUGUUCCUUCACGCAGGACGUCAACGACGAUCAGGACUGGACCCGAUUUACGGGAAAAGCUCCUAGCGCGGGUGUAACGGGACCCACUGCAGACCACACCAACGGGACAGGUCAUUACAUGUAUUACGAAGCUUCGAGACACGGCGUCGGCGACGUGGCUUCGCUUCGUUCCCCUGGGAUCGAUCUCCCCGGGACCGUGUGUCUCGAGUUUUGGUACUAUAUGUUCGGUCAUACCCUUGGCCAGCUUGAUGUGUACACUGCUGUCAACGGCAAUGAGACGAACAUCUUUGUUGCCAAGGGCAGCAAAGGGAAUCGGUGGCUCCUCGCUCAGGAACAGCUCAAUUUCACUGAUGUUACUCAGCUCGUCUUUAAAGCAACCAGAGGCAACGGAGACUUCAGCGACAUUGCUAUUGAUGACAUAUCAGUACAGGCUGGAAAAUGCAUAACUCCAACUGUUAUGGCCAUCAACGGCCCCUUCCACUGUGACUUCGAGAGAGACUGUGGUUUCACUCAGAGCAGCGAAGAUGACUUUGAUUGGUCCAGGCAUAGAGGGAAGACCGCUUCAGCCAAUACCGGACCCAAUGGCGAUCACGCUAACGGAAAAGGUUAUUACAUGUACACGGAGGUGUCUGGUAGUUUAAAGGCUGGAAACAGGGCAUCCAUGGCCACCCCUCCUAUCAACCUCAGUGGCAAAGUGUGCAUUAGCUUUAGGUACCACAUGUACGGUAACUCUGUGGGAGAACUCAAUGUCUACACCAGCCGAAAUAACAGCAGCAAGACGCGUGUCUUUGCCUUUUCAAAGAACCAAGGGAACGUUUGGAAGUAUGCUCAAACUGCUUAUCAAUUCACCGCCCCCACUCAGGUAAUAUUUGAGGGAGUCCGAGGUGCUAAUUACGAUGGAGAUAUCGCAAUUGAUGAUAUACACGUGGUCCCUGGAGACUGCCCAGCUCCUCCUUCUACGUCUGCCCCAACAACGACCAGACCCACUACCAGACCCACCUCGGCUACAGCUCCUCCUUCUACGUCUGCCCCAACAACGACCAGACCCACUACCAGACCCACCUCGGCUACAGCUCCUCCUUCUACGUCUGCCCCAACAACGACCAGACCCACUACCAGACCCACCUCGGCUACAGUAAAACCUGCAGUAAUAAGUGCUGCUACGACUACACGACCCGCCGUGACGACCCAAAAGGCAGUUGUCAGCACCGUACGGCCCACCAUUCUUACGGCACCUUUCACGUGUAACUUUGACAAAAAUGUCUGCGGCUUCACACAGAGCUCCUCUGACCAGUUUGACUGGACAAGACACCAAGGAAACACCUCAUCCCCAAAAACUGGACCUUCCAAAGACCACACCACCGGAUCUGGUUAUUACAUGUACAUUGAGGCUUCCUCUCCACAACGCCCUAAUCACACAGCGAUCAUUCACUCGCCAACAAUUAAUAUCAAAGGCAAAUCCUGUAUUAGCUACUGGUUCCACAUGUACGGGGGAUCCAUGGGGAGAUUGACAGUCUCUGUGUUGAUAGGUAGCAAGCGAAAUGUGCUCUUCACAACAACCGGGGACAAGGGAAAUAUGUGGAUCCCAAAAAGACAUACGUGGGCCUUUGAUGUGCCGGCUAAGAUAGAGUUUCAAGCUAUUUGUGGUCCUUACUAUGCUUCUGACAUCGCAAUUGAUGACGUCAGCGUCACCAGUGGACCGUGCCCGGUAAUAGCGGUGACAACUGUGAGACCUCCCCAAACAACGAAAGCUCCAGUGGUACUAAGCGGCGCUUUCAACUGUAACUUCGACAAAGACACCUGUGGCUUCACCCAGGAUAAGAGUGAUACCUUUGACUGGACAAGACAGAACAGGACCACCAGUUCUGCAAACACUGGCCCAAUGACUGACCAUACGACUAAAGCUGAUGGUCACUACAUGUACAUUGAAACAUCUAACCCAAGACAACCCAAUGAUGCUGCCAGACUGAUCAGCCCUGUUUUGACCAUGCAAGGCCAAGUGUGUAUCAAUUACUGGUAUCACAUGUAUGGGUUCGCGGUCGGUGCCUUUAAUGUUUUCAUCCUGUCAGGCGGCAAAAAGACCGCUCUUCUCAACCUGAGAGGAAAUAUGGGUAAUCAGUGGCGACAGGGACAGAGUAACUGGGUCUUUACUGCUCCAACACAGUUGGUGUUUGAAGCCAUUCGUGGCAGCAGUUACACUGGUGACAUUGCCAUUGAUGACAUCUCCGUGAACCCCGGACCUUGUCCUACCGUUGCACCAACAACUACCAUGAAACCAAGAGCAGUAGUCCUUAACUGCGAUUUCUCUAAAGACCUUUGUGGAUUUGUACAAAGUACGGCAGACAACUUGGACUGGUUGAGACGCUCCGGAUCAACGCCCUCCUCUGGGACUGGACCAACUGCAGACCAUACAACGGGAUCAGCUCCAGGCAAUUAUUUGUUCAUUGAGGCGACGGGAAAAGCAACAAACGACAGCGCUUUGAUCACAUCACCCAACCUGAACGUCACAGGAACCAUUUGCGUCAGUUUUUGGUACCACAUGUACGGGGUUGAAAUGGGCUACCUUAAGGUGUACCGCGACACAGGUGUCGUGCGUUCUCCAAUCAUGGUACUCAGUGGGAACAAGGGAAAUAAGUGGCUUCAGGCAACAAUCACUUUGACCAAUGUGCAACCUGCCUACAAAGUAGCCUUCCAAGCUAUAAGAGGAAGGAACUACAGGAGCGACGUGGCCAUUGAUGAUAUAUCAAUUACUGAGGGGACUUGCAGCGAAGGCGGAGCGCUAAUUGGCUAAAAACAGAACGUAACUUGUCAAUAAUAGCGCAUGAUAUCUAUGGCACUUUAAAUUUGGGUUAAAAUGAAUAUAAGUUAUCAAAUUUAUUAUAACGUAUGAAAAUAAAGACCUUAAUAACCACAGUGAGCUGUUGGCCAUUUUAGAUAUAUGAUAUCACUUUGUAAGAUUUUUCCCCAUGGUGUUUAUUUAAAUAACGUUUGUCUUUGAUGGACGAGAAUAGUGACGCGUUUUAAAAGAUUUAUAGAACAAAAAUGUCGAAUCGUAUUCAGAGCGAAAAUGUUACCUGUAAAAGAGCCUCUGUCUUCAAGGA